UGCACGAAGACGCAACGACGGAUCUUGCAACAUCUGCCGCGGCACCUGCGCGGACUGACAGGGGGAAUUCUUGGCUGAAGUGCACUUUCUGGAAGCUCCGACCGUAUGGGAACGCUCGGGAAUGACCAGUCUGUGCUGCACCUGUGCGCACUCCGAGGCGACUGGUCUGAUAUCCAGCUUGGGUUGCUGGAGCCAGGAGCGCUGGAGGUGCAGGAUAAGCUGGGGCGGACUCCACUUUUCCUCUGUGUAAUGCUGGGUGACAGCCAGGGGGCACAGCUGCUGCUUCGUGCUGGUGCCAGACCCGACCAUGGCGACCAUGCUGGGCAGACGCCCCUGCACUUGGCUGCACGCAAGGGCCACCGGAGUCUGGUGCGCCUUCUGCUGGCUGCGGGUGCGCCUUGGGCGAGAGGGGACGUGCACGGAUGCACUCCUCUGCACUGUGUUGCAGCAGCAGCAGCCAGCUGGCCCGCACAGCUGGCGCGAAGUGUCCUGGGCAUGCUGCUCGAGUGCACGAAUGUCAGCCAAGUGGACCUGCAGGACAGGCUGAAGAAUGAACUCUUCCACAGCAGGGAACGAUGA